UGACAUUAUGCCGACGACAAAGAAAACAAAACAGAAGAAGAGCAGCGACUCGGCGGUCCAGGGAACCAACGACAGCAGUGUGGUGAGCAAGUGUUCAGCUGCAGCGCAGGGCUACUUCAGAGACCCUUUUCUCCAACACUUUGUGAGCAAGGUGUCCAGAAGAGCCCCACUCAUCAACAGAGGCUACUAUGUGCGCUGGAGAGCUGUGGACCACUGUGUGAGGGGCUUUCUUCACGUCACUGCAGAAUGCCCAAACAGACAGAUCUUGUCUCUGGGUGCAGGCUUCGACUCGCUGUAUUUUCGCCUGCAUGCAGAUGGAGCUCUGAAUGAGGCCGUUGUGUUUGAGGUGGAUUUUCCUGAUGUGGCACGACGUAAAGCUGCUCUGCUGGCAUCAAAUAGAAGUCUGAGAGAGAUGCUUGACUCCUGUCUGCCUUCUCCUACAGGGCCUGUUUAUGUGUCCAGCAGGAAGUAUCUCCUGUUAGGGUUGGAUGUUAGAGACGAGUCCCAGUUGGAGGAAGCUCUGGGUGCAGCUGGGCUGGACUGGGCUGCACCCACCCUAAUUCUUUCUGAAGUGGUGCUCACCUACAUGGAAACACAGCGGUCGGAUGCUGUGAUCAGCUGGGCAGCAGAGCACCUGCCACAGUCUCUCUUUGUGAUGUACGAGCAGAUUCGUCCGCACGAUCCAUUCGGUCGCAUCAUGCAGGAGCAUUUUGUGAAGCUGAACUCAGCCCUGCACGGCCUGCAGCAGUACCCCGAUACGUCYGCACAGAGACGCAGGUUCCUUGACAAGGGCUGGGAGUUUUGUGUGUGUCAGGAUAUGAAUGAGUUUUACUUGGGGCUGGUGUCCGAGGAGGAGCGGCGUCGAGUCGAGAAUCUGGAACCAUUCGAUGAACAUGAGGAGUGGCACGCAAAAUGUUCCCACUACUUCAUCCUGACUGCAUCGCGAGGCUCUCUGAUGAAACAGGCUCUUCUUCCUCAUGCUCCAGUUCCUCCAUUGCUGUCCGUCAGCCCRUGCUGGAGCCCUGCAGCUUUGAAAGUGCACCCAGUUCCUGUGUGUUUGGAGGGGCUGGGGAUGGCCUCCACCUGCAUAGGGCCAGAGCAGGUGCUGCUGACAGGAGGCUCCAGCAGAGGAAGCAGGAUGGCAGAGAGCAGAGCACUCGUCAGGAGAAAGGAGGGUUGGAGGUCCAACAGUGUAGAACCUUCAGUAGAUCUGGGUGUGAGACUCUACCACACGGUUACCUGUCUUCCUGGGGGAGGAGCUGUGAUAUUUGGAGGUCGCUCUUCACCACUCAGCCCAGUUGAAAGCCUUUUCAAAUUGACCUUUGACCCCGKUGUUGUACCAGCUGCCGUGGAGACGUCGUGCAGAGAUGCAGGGAAGAYCUGUGUGGAGCUGAUGGUCUGUAAAGGCAACCCGCCGUCACCAAGAUGGAGGCACACUGCAGCUGUGGUCAGUCACAAAGGCAGAGACUUCCUGUUUGUGUUUGGUGGAAAGAACCAGUCUGAUUUUGCCCUGGGUGAUGGCUGCUUCCUGAGUUUGGACCAGCAGAGUUGGACUGAG